AUGGCACCCGCAUCCAAGGCAGACCCGAAGAAGAAGACGCCGAUUGGUAUCCACUUGCUUGCGGGCGGAGGAGCAGGACUGGCAGAGGCGCUCGUGUGCCACCCGCUGGACACCAUCAAGGUCCGCAUGCAACUGAGCAAGAGCGGCAGGAAGGCCGGAGUCAAGCCCCGCGGAUUCAUCGCCACGGGCGCACACAUCGUCGCGAAAGAGUCGCCCCUCGGCUUGUACAAGGGAUUGGGAGCGGUCGUGACGGGUAUCGUGCCCAAGAUGGCGAUUCGGUUUGCGUCGUUUGAGCAGUACAAGGGGUUCUUGGCGAACAAGGAGACGGGCGUCGCUUCCUCUUCCAUGAUCUUCCUCGCCGGUCUCGGCGCAGGAGUGACAGAAGCAGUCAUGGUCGUCUGCCCGAUGGAAGUCGUCAAGAUCCGCCUGCAAGCCCAAGUGCACUCGAUGACGGACCCGCUCGACGUUCCCAAGUACCGCAACGCGGCCCACGCGCUCUUCGUCAUCCUCCGCGAGGAGGGACCGAGGACGCUUUACCGCGGUGUGGCUUUGACGGCGCUGAGGCAGGCGACGAACCAGGCCGCCAACUUUACCGCCUACACCGAGCUCAAGCGCCUGCUGCAAAAGUGGCAGCCCGAGUACCCGGACGGCGGUCUCCCCGCGUGGCAGACGUCCAUCAUCGGGUUGAUCUCGGGCGCCGUCGGACCUUUCACGAACGCUCCCAUCGACACCAUCAAAACCCGCAUCCAGCGCGCCACCGCCCUCAAAGGCGAGACCGCAUGGACCCGUUUCUCGACCGUCGCAGGCCAGAUGUUCCGGGAAGAAGGACCCUCGGCAUUCUACAAGGGCAUCACGCCUCGUGUCGCGCGUGUCGCGCCCGGUCAGGCGGUCGUGUUUACGGUGUAUGAGAGGAUCAAGCGGUUUAUUGAGAAGCCGGAGGAGAUCAACAACGAGUACUCGGAGUAG